AUGCCCACUCCUACCCUUUCGCUUACGUCAACCCUAAUCCUCGCACUUACGCAGAGCGAAGCACUCCAACGGCAGCUUGAAGACAGCAAUAGGGCCAUAGAAUGUCUGAAACGUGAGAAUGAGAAGCUCAAACACGAGAUCCAGGAACUGCGUCGGGCAGGGCUGCAGAAGCGGGACGAAGGGCCAGAGCUUGCAGCCCAACUGGACCAACUAUUCCGAAAAGAUGCAGAGAAGCAAGCAGAGAUUGACAGCUUGAAGAAUCAGCUGCGCAAGGAAAGAAGACGCUCACAGAAUCUACAUCUGUCCUCUCCCGCUGUGUCUGGUGACGAGCAAACCCCAGUAAAUGCUACUCGGAAGCGACAGAGAGCCAACAGUGCGGACAAGACAGGAGCGCUGCAAGAAAUCGAACUUAAUGUGUCUUCAGGAAGCCGCUCUAUCCAACGGCCGAAAUUUAAACGAUUGAGCGACCGAGGAGCAGAAGCUAUCUCAUCACUCGGAGAAGAUGGCGUUGAUUACAAUGAAGAUGGUAGAGAUACUCCACCGGAAAAGCCUGCUCCCACAAACAUUUCGCCUCGUAAACGUCUGCAGGCAUUACUGACAGUACCCACGCCGACAACGCCAGUACCUCCUCGUCCCAAUGCGGCGCGAAAAUGUCCUGUUACAAACAAUGCAUUAGAGAAGAAUGAGCCACUUCGUUCACGGCCCCUCCUUCAGCUCGACCUCUCCCACUUCAAAGUCAACCCAAAAUAUACAGGAGGCCUUGACUACGCGUUCCAGGAGGUUGUCCGUAACAAGGAAGCGAGGAAGUGCCUGCCAAAUUGUACGCGGCCUGAAUGCUGUGGUGCCAAAUUCAGAGUUUUGGCAGAGACACUGCCCUUUGAUCCGAACGUCUCUGAAGACGACCUUUUGCGUGAUUUUCUUGGACCUGGAUCAGCGGACAAGAUAAGCUCACUGACCCCUUUGGCGAGAGCGAAUUUGGUGCAUGAGGCGAGAGCGAAUUUACUUGCCAAGGAGUAUGGAAGGAAACACAGGGCAAAUUUCGAAACACCAUCUACGCCUCCAGGGUUCUGGGACGUGGAUAUUCCAUCCACACAGGAGCAAAACGAGAACCAGGAGCAAGCAAGACAGAAGCAGAGGGAUGAGGUCGAGAGGCGGUAUCAAGAGGCGAUCAAGGGUGGACGCUGGAUCUUUGCAGAUGAAUGA